AUGUCAUCUGUCAAGACUCGCUUGUCGAGUCUACUGGGCCACUUUGCAUCCCCCGAAGCUAAGGACCCUGCUCCGCAACAUCGCAUCAACUACCAUACGCUCUCGCCCACAUUCUUCUUGCCCCGUGCUGCGGCAAUUGAACCUGAUGCUGAAGCCAUCUACCAUGUCACUGCAAACAAUCAGGUUCUGCGGAGGACAUACAUAGAGACUGCAGAUCGUACUAGAGGCCUUGCUUACUAUCUCAAGAAGCAUGGGUUCAAGCGGGUUGGCAUUUUGUGUCCGAACACCCCUGCCUUCCUGGAGUCUAUUUUUGGGAUAGCUGCUGCUGGAGCAGUCAACAUUGCCGUUAAUUACCGACUCAAGGAAGAUGACAUCGCCUAUAUCUUCACGCACUCGGAUGCCGAGGUCAUCAUUGUGGACAAAGAAUACCUACCACUGCUUCAGGCAUACCGAGCGGCAAAGCCAGACAUUCCCGUCAUAGUCGACACGGAUACGGAUGCUACAGAAGGCCAACUCUCCGGUCCUUUCGAUGAGGCUGUGUUACAAGGUCUCAAGUAUGACGCUGACGCAGGCGCAAAGGGCUGGGAUGGGCUGGAAAGCCAGGCUGCUUCCGAGGACGAUGUCAUUGCGCUGGCUUAUACCAGUGGCACAACAGCCCGCCCCAAAGGCGUCGAGUUCUCUCACCGCGGCUGCUACCUAGCUGCCUUGGCCAACGUGAUCGAGUCUGGCCUGAAUUUGCGACAAGGCCGCUGCCGUUAUCUAUGGACUUUACCUAUGUUUCAUGCAAUGGGCUGGACAUUUCCCUGGGCAGUGACCGCCGUCCGUGGCACCCAUUACUGCCUGCGAAAGAUCGACUAUCCGGAGAUUUGGAGAUUGCUGAAGCAAGAGCACAUCACCCAUUUCAACGCGGCUCCCACGGUGAAUACGUUGCUUUGUGCUGCCAAAGAGGCCGAGCGACUUCCGCGGCCAGUCCAAGUCACCGUAGCGGCCAGCCCCCCGACCCCACAUCUUUUUGAGCAAAUGACCAACCUGAACUUGCACCCAGUGCAUGUGUACGGGAUGACGGAGACAUAUGGGCCGAUUACCAAAGGGUACUACAUGCCUCAAUGGGAUCAACUGCCGGCGCAAGAGAAAUACAAGAAGAUGGCAAGACAAGGACAUGGCUUCUUGACUAGUUUGCCCGUUCGAGUCAUCAAGACGGAUGUUCCAGAAGGAACCAUUAUUGACGUCCAGCGGGACGGCAAAGAGAUAGGAGAGAUCGCCUUUGUUGGCAACAUCUGCUCCCGGGGCUACUACAAAGACAUCGAGGCCACACGGAAGCUCUUCGCUGGGGGCGUCUUGCACUCCGGAGAUCUGGCGGUUUGGCACCCAGACGGAGCCGUCCAAAUCUUGGAUCGAGCAAAGGACAUCAUCAUCAGCGGAGGCGAGAACAUAUCAUCCGUCGCUCUCGAGUCGAUGCUCGUUACCCAUCCCGACAUCCUCGAAGCCGGUGUGGUGGCGGUCCCAGACGCACAUUGGGGGGAGCGACCCAAGGCAUUUGUGACUGUGAAGCAGGGAAAGCAGGUCGAUGGAAAAGAAGUGAUCGCGUGGGCCAAAAAUCACAGUGCGAUCAGCAAGUUCAUGGUCCCUCGGGAGGUGGAAGUGGUGGCGGAGCUUCCCAAGACGAGUACUGGGAAGGUGAGGAAGAAUGUCCUUCGAGAAUGGGCAAAAGGGGGGAGUCGAACAUGA